AUGCCCUUAUCUAAAAAAUCGACUCUGCGAAAGCACACAGUGCAUCUGAAGAGCCUGGUUAGGAAAAGAGAUAAUAUCCUCGGGUCAGCUAAACUGAUUCAGUGCUUUCACGAUUCGUAUGAAGAUAGCAAAGUUGAUCAAGUCGCAAUUAGAAUCGAACGUUUAGAUGGCAUGUGGGAUAAAUUUGAAGAUAUAGAGGACGAAAUAGAAGCGUUAGAGGAUCAGGAAGAUGGAUUUUCGGAAACACGUCAAGAGUUCCAAAAUCUUUACUUUGAGCUUAAGGCAUCCCUCGUAAGUAAACUGCCGCGCCCUGCAGUUGCUAACCCGUCUACUUCUGAAUCGCGGCCCGUAUCUCAAAUUGUACCCCCUGCUAAUCACGCCGUGCAUGUUAAACUUCCCGAAAUAAAAAUACCUGAAUUUGGAGGAAAGUCGGAUGAAUGGAUUGAGUUUCGCGAUCUGUAUAAGUCAUUAGUCCAUUCCAAUGCUCAAAUUCCGUCGGUUCAAAAGCUUCACUACUUACGUAGUGCUUUGAAAGGUGAAGCAUCUCGUUUAAUCUUGUCAUUCACAAUUAUUUCGGAUAACUAUGCUACCGCGUGGAAAACUAUUUGCGACCGAUACGAAAACAAAAAUUUUCUCGUCAAGCAACACAUGUCGGCGAUUUUAAAGAUUCCCCACGUUAAAAGAGAAUCAGCUUCAGCUCUAGCAAAGUUAGCUGAUGAAUUCAACCGACAUGUAGGCAUUUUAGACAAGCUCGAAUUAUUUGAAGCCCAUUGGAAUUCAUUUCUGGUUGAGCGUCUCAGCAGUUUAUUGGAUGAAAAAUCUUUGAUGGAUUGGGAAGCUCAUUGCAACGACAAUACGGUUCCGCAAUACGAUGAACUGAUGAGUUUUAUUAUCAAACGAUCACGCACACUUCGAAUGUGCAAAUCAAACUACACUCAACCUGCAGUGAAUCAAUUAAAAGCAAUCAAAUACAAGUCAUCCGCACACGUUGUGUCUGAGAGCGUAGUUAAAUGCCCAAAUUGUAAACAGGCGCACCCAAUCUUUCAGUGUGAAUUAUUUCUAAAAUUGUCACCUAACAAUCGGUUGGAUUUCGUCAAGAAACAUCAACUAUGCAUCAACUGUUUACGGGGAGGACAUAUGGCUAGAGAUUGCCGUGGCAGGCUGUGUAAAACGUGCGCAAAGAGACAUCACAGUUUACUACAUUUACCACCAAUCACAUCGGUUCCGAGUCUUGUAGAAGAAAGACAAUCAAUUCUACCAACUUAUACCGCUGUGUGCUCAGAAAGCAUGCCUCUGCCUGAGGCCUCGUUCUCGGUAUCGGUAGUACCAUCGGUGGUGUCUUCGCGUAGCUCACAACAGGCAACCCGUUCGCCGCCGGUGUCGUCCGUCGAAAGUAGCCCCUCUCCCACGUCGUCGGUGUACUUAAAUCGUCAAUUCGCAGAAAUUGAACCACUUCCCUCCUGCUCUAACGAUAAUGCAACUGUGUUCGCUCCAACAAACAAACAACAAAAGAUUGUGUUUCUAUCAACAGCACUGGUGCGCAUAGUGGACGUUGAUGGUAUUGGUCACUAUGCCAGAGCUUUGCUCGAUAGCGCAUCACAAUCCCACUUUAUAUCAGAGUCAUUGUGUCAGAAACUUGGUUUGAAACGCACUCGUAUCAAUAUACCAAAAACAAUGCUGGGUUACGUAGUAUGUGGAAAUUACUCAGCAAACGAAUCUGCAACGGUGGCAUGUCAUAUUGUCACUGAUCAGAAUUUGAACAUUCAACUAGAGAAAAUGUGGGAGGUUGAAAAUCUCGAUAUUGGAAAGGCUCUUACGCAAGAGGAACAGGAGGUCGAAAAUCACUUUCAGCAAACCGUGUCUCGUGAUACUGACGGUCGUUACGUGCUUCGUCUCCCACUCCGGGAGUCUUUGAUUCCAUUGUUGGCGAGCUCUUAUGAACAGGCAAAGCGGCGUUUUCUGCUCAUGGAAAAGCGGUUUUCCCGAGAUAACACUCUUCGCGAUGAAUACGUGAAGUUUAUGGAUGAUUACGAGAGCAUGGGGCAUAUGGAAGUUGGUUCAAGCGUCGCGGGUCCGCAGUAUUUCCUCCCACAUCAUGCUGUUCAUCGGUUGGAAAGCAGUACGACAAAAACUCGUGUCGUUUUUGAUGCUAGCAGUAAGGGAUCAGGUACACUCACUCUCAAUGAUGUACUGCGCAUUGGUCCCACAGUGCAACCAACACUAUUAGCUACCGUUGUUAACUUCAGAAUGCCGCAGUACGUUUUCACUGCUGACGCGGAAAAAAUGUUCCGCCAAAUUUGGAUUCAUCCCGAGGAUCGAUCGUAUCAGCAGAUUGUCUGGCGACGAGAUUCAUCCAUGCCAUUGCAGAUUUAUCAGCUGAAAACGGUGACUUACGGACUUGCAAGCUCUCCGUAUCAAGCUGCCCGGGUGCUCAACAAACUGUCCGAAGACGAAGGCCACAAAUUCCCUUUAGCAUCGAAAGUUGUAACCAAUCGUUUUUAUGUAGACGAUUGUUUGGCUGGAAGCGACAACCUCGAAGAAGCCACUGAAAUUUGUCGUCAAUUACGAGAGCUUCUCGGGGUUGGAGGAUUUACAUUACGCAAAUGGAGCACAAAUUGCCAAACUGUGUUGCAACACAUACCAAGUGAGCUGUGGGAUAGCGACUCUCUAAUGGAGAUAGGACGGUCGACGGUAACUGCUUUAGGGCUUCUAUGGAACCCACGAAAUGACAGCUUUAGCUUCAAGAUUCCCACGUUACCCGGAUUAUCGACGGUUACCAAACGCAUCGUGGUUUCCGAAACUUCUCAACUGUUUGACCCAUUAGGACUUCUUGGGGCAGUCGUGGUCAACGCUAGAAUGUUUGUUCAACGUCUUUGGGCCAAACACGUUUCAUGGGACGAGGAGGUUUCUAGUGAGGAAAGUGCCUGGUGGAAGGACUUUCGCAGUGAACUUACGUUGCUCCAGCAGUAA